AUGCGUCGAACUUUAAUCAGAGGCAUUUCUACUGUUGCGGCUCGACGUACCCUCUUUGAAGUACGACCAAGAGUAGCAUUCAGUAUGCCAUCCUCCUCAGAGACCUCCAAGAUUGCUACUCGCAGACUUCAUGCUACAGCUCAACAUCUCAAGCCUGUUGCAGCUUUAGCUUUCAAUGCCGACAAUUAUCCUACGACUCACGAGAAAAUUCAAGAUGUACAGGAUACACCGUACUUUGUCGACAAUAAAUUCCUCAUGUCUGAAUCUACACAGUUCAUCGAUUUGCUCGACCCAGCAACUAAUAAUCUCGUAACCAGAGUACCGCAAAGUACAGAUGCCGAACUCAAAGCUGCGCUUGACAGUGCGGUGAAAGCAUUUCCAGGAUGGAAGAAUACCAGUAUAAUGGCGAGACAACAAAUUAUGUUUAAAUUCACACAAUUAAUAAGGGACAAUUGGGAUAGGUUGGCUGCCAGUAUCACAUUGGAGCAGGGUAAAACUUUUGCUGAUGCGAAAGGAGAUGUUCUUCGUGGAUUGCAAGUCGCCGAGACAGCAUGUGCCAUUCCCCAACAAAUGAUGGGUGAAGUCUUAGAGGUAGCAAAGGACAUGGAAACCAGAAGUUACAGAGAGCCAUUGGGAGUCGUAGCCGCUAUCUGCCCAUUCAACUUUCCUGCAAUGAUUCCGUUAUGGUCUAUCCCAGUUGCAUGUGCUACUGGAAAUUGCCUCAUUAUGAAGCCAUCUGAGCGAGACCCGGGUGCAGCAAUGAUUUUGGCUGAACUCGCCCAAAAAGCUGGUUUCCCUGACGGAGUACUCAAUAUUGUCCAUGGUGCCUCGAAAACGGUUGACUUCAUCAUCGACGAGCCAGCCAUCAAGGCCAUCAGUUUUGUCGGAAGUAAUCGUGCCGGAGAGUAUAUUUUCACCCGAGGUUCUGCGAACGGCAAGCGCGUGCAAGCAAACUUGGGCGCCAAGAACCAUUGUGCGGUUUUACCAGAUGCGAACAAACAACACGCACUCAAUUCAAUUGUUGGCGCAGCUUUCGGUGCAGCUGGUCAAAGAUGCAUGGCCCUGAGUACCUUGAUCAUGGUCGGGGAAACUAAAGAGUGGCUAUCCGAACUAGCCGAAAGUGCCAAAUCACUAAACGUAAAUGGAGGAUUUGAAAAGGGGGCUGAUCUCGGACCUGUCAUCUCUCCACAAAGCAAGCAGAGAAUUGAAGGUUUGAUUACAAGUGCAGAAGAAGAAGGUGCAACAAUUUUGUUGGAUGGUAGGGGUUAUACGCCAGAAAAGUAUCCCAACGGAAAUUGGGUUGGCCCCACGAUCAUCACCAACGUCAAACCUCAUAUGAAGUGCUACACGGAAGAAAUUUUCGGCCCAGUUCUAGUGUGUUUGAACGUAGAUUCUCUCGACGACGCUAUCAACCUCAUCAACGCAAAUGAAUACGGAAAUGGCGCCACUAUCUUCACACGAUCUGGAGCAACAGCAACAGCCUUCCAAAAGAACAUCGAAGCAGGACAGCAGGGAAUUAACGUACCAAUCCCCGUACCUCUUCCCUUCUUCUCCUUCACCGGAAACAAGAAGAGUGUUGCUGGAGGUGGUGCAAAUACAUUUUAUGGCAAGCCAGGACUACAAUUUUACACACAGCAAAAGACAGUGACCAGUUUAUGGAGAAGCGAGGAUGCCAUUUCUACAUCUGCUGAUGUUUCAAUGCCUACGCAUAGCUAG